AUCCCACACCAGAGGAUUCACACUGGAGAGAAGCCAUAUCAGUGUUCUGAAUGUGAUAAAGCUUUUACAUUGAAGUCACAUCUUAUCAAACACCAGAGGAUUCACACUGGAGAGAAGCCAUAUCAGUGUUCUGAAUGUGAUAAAGCUUUUACUAAGUUAAAUCUUAUCAGACACACCAGAGGGUUCACACUGGAGAGAAGCUAUAUCAGUGUUCUGAAUGUGAUAAAGCUUUUACAUAUAAGUCAGAUCUUAUGAAACACCAGAGGAGGCACACUGGAGAGAAG